CCAAGCUCUACUGGAAGAUUUCAAUAUGGUGCCUCUGCUACUGUUAACUUUCACGUUGUUCGCCGUGGGUAGUUCCGUCGCCGAACCCAUUUCAGGAAACUAUCAGGUUGACUGGAUACAGGAAUGGCAGAACCAAAUCGAAGAUUACGAUCUUGGCCCUCCCUUUGUCCAACCUGGCGUACUCCUUCCCGGCCUGACUGUCAAGGAUAUCAUCAGCGCCAUAGGAACUAGCUGGCACGCCAAGGACAUCCUAGAAGUCUACGGGAUCCUCUGCCGAGACAUCGCCCCAAGCCUCGUGGUGCCCCUCGGGGGACCAGGUAUCUUUCAGAGGGUAUGCGAUCCUAUCUUUGAUGCCCUGAACACCAACAGUCGGGUCGAUGGCGUCGCAAUCUGCAAUGCGGUAUAUACCCCUCUUGUAGGCCCCUACAGACGUAGACGAAGAAUGGCCCCUGACAUGUCCCUCAUGGGGUUGGGCAUCGUGAGGAACUUCAAUUUUGAGGCAGUACUACAUGAGAUUAGCGACCGCGUUUUCGAUCUCCACAGCUACGACCAGGAAUCCGUAUGCAACGCCGUUGAUGGAUUCCUCAACUCUGGUUUGACCAUCCAGGCUUUACUUGAAAGCGUUGGCGAGGUCUUCCUGGCCGAAGGCAUCGGCCAGGGGUCACAGAUCUGUCACUUCUGGGACGAGAUUUACGACAAUCUCCGCCGGGCCGACGAGCAAACACCUGAUGAGCCGCCAUUCUUCCAGACCCUCAUGGAGGACGUGUCGCAACUUAUAGCUGAGUUCAGCGGGUUUGAAGAUCGUGAGUCCCUUUGCGAUGCAAUAACAGAGGCAGCAGCAGAUCCUCAGCAGGUUCCUCAGGCUCCCUUCAGAAACUCAAGGAUCUCCUCUCUCGCCGACACCAUCUUACAUAAUAUGAUGGACACGCUCAUCAUUGACGACCAGUGUACCCAGUUCGGCAAUGAUGUCAUCGACCUCAUCGUCAACCUCAGCCCUUACAUCGACCACCAAAUCAUCCAAAUGGGUAUCCAGAUGAUUUUCGACAUGCAGUCAAUUGAAGAAGCGUGUACCUUUAUCGAUGACGAGUUGGCAUUCCCAGGAUGUGCUGCCGGUCCAUGUGCCAAUGGUGGAAGAUGCGCAGAAUUCCAGGAUGCCUUCAGCGAGUCUUUCCGUUGUGACUGUCUUUCUGGAUACACUGGAACCGACUGCGGAAUAGUGAUCCGUCCAGCUAUUCCAGAGCCGUGCUACAGCGAUCCCUGUCUAAACGGAGGGAGCUGUAUGAACCACAGGGACACAUAUUAUUGUAUUUGUAUGGCUGGUUAUUACGGCACCAACUGCGAGUACAGUUAAGUGCCUCAGAGUUCUCCGCAUGCUGUGCGUAAUGACUUCGAUGACUAAACCAACUUGAAUCAAGAAGCAACAAUUAUCUUCCAAUAGUUCAUCACCGUAAAGAUGAAAUCUUCUAUGAGAUAUGAUUAUUGUUAGAUUAAGUCGUAUGAAUUAAUGCUUACAUUUAGGGAACUUUGGAAUUCUGAUGAAUAGGCUUAUAAUGUGGAAAACUUGUUUUGUAAUACCAUACCAUAUUACACGGGCAAAUGAAAAUUGAUCGUUAUAAGAUAAUG